AUGACAUCUCUCAAAACCAUUACUAACUUCAACCUCCUGUCUACAGUCAGUAAGGGGCGUAAGCCAAAAUUCGAGCUACAUCUCAAGAUUUACGAUCUCAACAAUGUGCCUCUGGUAUCUGGAUGUUCCCACAUAAAAUGGCAUCUUUCCCACUCCAUCCAUGCGGACCACCGUGGCCGCACUCCGAAAUGCUCCAUCGUCAACCACAAGGUUGAGUAUAAUUACUCCGCCAUUGUCGGCCACAUCCGUAUCAGCGUCGACAAGAACAACAAUUUGACCGAGUGUCCCAUCGAGUUCGAGGUGCUCCAAGAGUUCCCCACCGGUGGUGUCGGCGGGGGGGGCCGCGAUGAGAAAAUCUCACUCGGCGUCGUCAAGCUCAACCUGAGCGAGUAUAUCGACGAGAGCGAGGCGCGUCCCCGCGAGGUCGCUCCUCGCCUCAGCCGGGAGAGCAACAGCUCCAGCCGGGGUCAUUUCCGGAAGCAAAGCGCCGCCGGUGCUUCCACCGUGGCCGCAAUGGCCACGAACAACACCACCUCCGCCUCUCCCUCUGCCUCCGUGUCUUCGAGACCGGCUUCUUCGAGCGGCACCCCCGUCACUUUCGACGGCCUGGACGCCGACGUGGAAGACGGCAUCGUGCGCCGCUACCUGAUGCAGGAGAGCAAGAUCAACAGCACCCUCAAGAUCGGCAUCCUCAUGGUCCACGUUGACGGCGACAGGAACUUUGUCGCCCCUCCCCUGAAGACCGCCCCUGUCUUUGGCGGCAUCGCUGGCAUUAUGGCCGGCGAACAGGUCGAACAGGUCGACCCAGGCCAACUCCCCACUCUUGCCAAAUCUCGCGACCAGGCCGAGAUUCAAGAUAUGUACCGCAAGUCUCUCGCCGCCUCCUGGUCUCGACACCCCGGCGAGCUUUCCGCCGAUGAAUGUAUUGAGAAUAUCUUCGCCGGCGGCGACGGCUGGCCGACGCCUUCGCCUUCCUCUUUCGACCCACCCUCUUUCGACCCACCCCCGUCUCAGCUGCCCCAAAGACAACCCUCGCAAACGAGUGACCGUAGUACCGGCAGCAGCGGUCCGAACGAACAGCGCGCUUUCCGCCGCAAACGGGCUCUCGGCUUCGACGCCAGUGCCGAUGUGAGCGGCGACGAUGAUUCCAUCUUCGGCAGCAUGGGCGGCGACACGCUCAGGCCCGGCGACUACCGCAAGUUUGUGGGACGACAACUGGCUCAGGCGUCCGCCUACCUCCACGGCCACGGUCACGGUCACGGCCAUGGCACCCCUACCUCUGCUACCAUUGGCGCGGUUUCCCCAAGCCGUCAUCACAGACGUCACGGGAGCAACACGAGCGAUAAGAGCGCCAGCACUGUCACCGGACGCGAUCCCGAUUUCUUCGCCUAUUCUUUGGCAAACCAAUACCACCAUCCAUACGGACCCAGCAGCAGCACAGCCGGCACCCCUUACAGUUUCCGCAGCCCCAGCCCCAGCCCCAGCCCCAGCGGGAAGGGGAGCAGGAGUAGUAGUCUCACGCGCCGCCGCCGAGGGGAUGCCCUCGCCGACAGCCGCGAUGACCUCCUCAGCCCGGCCCGCAGUCGUAGCGAGAGCAUGACGAGCCUGGCCCCGACCCUCGGUAGUGGCAGCAGCGACGGGCCUGCCGCCGUCGGCGCGCACGACGGUGCGUAUCGUCGGAUGAGGGAGCUGCGGGAGCUUGAUGUGAGAGACGACAUGAUCGCGUGGAGUUUGCCGGGCGAGGUGAAGUGA